CUGGGGAAUCCAGAGGGUGACAGGCCCCAAAGCCAGGCCCUGAGAAGGCAGGGCCAGCGCCCCCCCCACAGUCCAGGAGACACACCCUGCCUCUGUUGUCCCCAGGUGCCCUUCCUGACCUGGGCCAUGACCUUGACAAGGUCACACAUACUGCUGGGCAAUCCUGCAGCAGGACCCAGGCUCUGGAGCCCUAGGAAGGCCAGCUGCCUUGGGUGGCCCUCCUGGGACUCACAGGUAACAGCCCAGGAAGUUGACACUGAGUUAAAGCAGGUUGAAGUGGACAUUGGAGACGCACGCGGAGGCGGGCAAGUGAAGCAGGGUUUAUUUAAAAAGGGGGUGACAGCGACCCCUCCUGGGAGGGAGAAGGCCGCGGCUGGCGUCCCGCUACCCCAGGACGUGAGCGGGUUCUGCCUUUGUGUGUCCUGGGCUUCCUCUGUCCCCUGCCCUCUUCCCGCAUCUCCUCCUUCCUGCGUGUGUGACCAGGCCCAGCAGAUGCCCAGCGGGGUGGCCCACAGGGACCCAGAUCCGGGGAUCACCACAGAGACCCGGGAGCCCUGCGGCCUGCCCUGCCACCUGAGCGAUGCCUACGGGGGUGGUCCAUGCGAGGAAGCGGCAUCCCUCCCAGGACAAGGGUGGCCCAAGGAGCACUGGACUCCAGCUUCUCUGGUGCUUCUUAACCACAGCCCUGCAGGGCCAUCGGCUGGAGGCCCAGGUGUGAGGAACCUCCUCACGCGGCUUUGCACCCGACUCCCUGUGGCUGGGUCGCAAUGGGAGAGGUCCUGAUGACUGGUCCAAGGAGGAGAGGGGUGACCGUCCCACUGGUGCCUACAGCCUCCUUUCUCCUCUCCUCCUCGGCCUCCGCCAUCUCUGGCCUCUGAUCCUUGGCCUCAGAUUGACGCACAAGCUAAGAGGUCAGGGCCAGCUCUGCACAGGGACAGCUGGUUGACGGGGAAGCCAGGUGGGGCCUUCAGCCUCAAGGCUAAGGAGGCAGCCGCUGCCCGCUGGGCCUGAGGCUCACAGGGAAAGGGCAGGGCCUGGGACCCUCACCCGGAGGCCCAGUGCUGCCCACCUCUGACUUGCCCUGUGAUCUUUGGUAAGUGGCUUUCCUCUUGGACCUCAGUUGACCCAUCUGCCAAAUGGGCACCUGUUGCCUCCUCUGUUUCAAACGACUCCGCAGGUGGGAGCCGCCCAGAAGCUCUUGUGGAGAAGACUCACAGUUAGGAACCAGGAGGGGAGAAGGCCGGGAAGGGAGGAGAGGGUGCCCGGGAGGCGGCCAGAGGAGGGGGCUGGGCGCGGGGACAGAUGGAGGAGGCAGGUGAGAGAGUGUUAAGAAGGGGCG